CGGCAAUCCUUUAUCACCCCUUGAUUCACGCUCGUUUUCUCUGAACUCAUUAUAGUAUCCCAACGUCAACGAUCAGACUUCACUCUUGGCCAUAGGGAGCCCGAACUUUCGAUGGAUGAUCUUCGUCGGCACAUCAUCCCGCGAGGCUAUGGGACCAAUGCCACGUACGUCUACGAGUUCUCACGAGGGCUAGGUGGUGUAAAUGUCCCCCGAGAUGUCAUUAUCACGCGUAUUAUCUACGUCUCCGUCCUCGCCAUCGCGUUUGUUGUCUUCUGCGGUCGGAUUGCCCAAAUAAGCCAUGCUUACCUCCGCCAUAUCACCUCGUUGAACUCGACCAAAAGGCAACAGACAUACUGGAGUAUCGAAGAGUCCGACACAUGGACGAACAUCAAGAAACAUCUGCUAUAUUCGCCUCUCGGCAGAAAAAGACACAAUCGAGAAAUACAACUUUCUUCCGCCAUAAACGUGGGCACCUUGCCGUCCAGGUUCCAAACGAUCUUGAUCUUACUGUAUGUUGCAAGUCAAGUCGCUUAUUGCACUAUACUCGACUACCGCGUGAAUGAGAAAAAGGCUCUUGUCGCUGAGCUUCGCGGGCGAUCAGGAACGUUGGCUGUUCUAAAUAUGGUCCCACUUUUCCUCCUUGCAGGUCGUAAUAACCCACUGAUUGCAAUCCUGCACAUAAGUUUCGACACGUACAAUUGUCUUCACCGAUGGCUCGGCCGCAUUGUUGUGAUUGAAAGUGUGGUGCACACAAUAGCUUGGGCAGUCAAUGCAGUCGAUGAAGUAAGUGUCUCAGACAUGCUAAAGCGCCUAUGUGAUACGCCUUUCUUCACUUGGGGGUUGGUUGGAACUGUUGCACUGGUCUUCCUCUCGCUUCACUCACCUUCACCGGUCCGACAUGCUUUCUAUGAAACCUUCUUGCAUCUCCACCAGCUUGCUGCCUUGUUAGCUUAUGUUGGUGUGUGGCUUCACCUGGAUCUCGAUGGCUUACCUCAGAAACCCUGGGCCAUAGCAAUUGCCGCCAUUUGGAUUUUCGAUCGGGCAGCUAGAUUUUCCAGACUGUUGUACCUUAACAUCUCGCCCAGGAAAGGGGCCACCAAACUUGUUGUCCAGGCUCUCCCUGGUGAGGCCUGCAAGGUGACGUUUCACUUGCCCAAGCACGUUCACAUUAACCCCGGAAGCCACGUGUAUACUUACAUCCCAAGCGUCUCCUUGUGGAUGUCCCAUCCGUUCUCGGUUGCUUGGGUUGACCCCUGCAGCUCUGUAACAAAUGCAGCAGAACCGGAAAAGUUCGCCAAAAGCCCAAUCUCCACCGGAAGCAUGAGUCCAUCGCUCCUUGAGAAACAACCGGUGGUUGAUUUGGACGACUAUAUGAGAGAAAGCCAAGAGCCAACAUCUGUCUCUCUGAUAGUAAGUGCUCGCCAAGGUAUGACGAGAAAGCUAUACAACAAAGCCCUCAUUGCGCCCAAUCAAAUACUACACCUCUCAGGAUACAUCGAAGGACCGUACAGAUCGCACGUCUCCAACAUGGGCAGCUAUGGUACCGCCGUACUCUUCUCUGCCGGCGCAGGUAUCACCCACCAUAUGCUGUACGUCCGCGACCUGAUCAUCCGCGCAUCCGAAGGCCGUGUAGCCACGCAAAAAGUCUACCUUAUCUGGUCUGUGCGUAGCACAGAGCAUCUCGCCUGGGUGCAAGAGUGGAUGGAUGAAAUCCUCCGCCUCCCCGGUCGCCGUGACAUCCUGACAAUUAAGCUCUUCGUCUCAAAACCAAAGAGCAGCCGCGAGAUCGUUUCACCCAGCGCCACCGUCCAAAUGUUCCCGGGUCGGUGUCGUCCCCAUGUCGUCCUGGAUGAGGUCAUCCCCAACCGCGUGGGAGCCACCAUCGUUUCCGUUUGUGGACCAGGCGCAUUCGCAGACGAGGUUCGUGCUGCUGCCCGAGAUAACAUCGGCAAGGGCGCGGUCGUGGAUUUCGUCGAGGAGGCAUUUACAUGGUGACACCGUCUCGUCUACC